UUGUCAGUUAUCUGUCAAACAUAUAAUAACACAACAUCCUGAACAAAAACAAAUUUAUAGUCCCGUGAGAAAAUGUUAGCAUUAUACCUACAUUGAGAGCUAUGGUGAAGACGUGGGUGAUAUUUUUUAUGCUGCCAAUAUUGGUAUCAUGCGCUGGAGAUGGAAAUAUACACUUAAUGGAAGAAGAUGUUGCUGCAGCUCUAAAUAGUUGUACUCAAAUCCACGAUAAAGAAAAUUCCAAAGACAUAGGAAAACGACAUAGGCGAUUUGAUAUAGACAGUUACAACUACCAGAUACCACGCAUAGACGCUAAUACAAAAGAGGAUGUAAACCCAUACGUCCAUCCACGACGUAAUACUGAUUCUCUUGUCCAGAUGCACGUUUUAAAUGGCUCGGAUUAUGAUUAUACGGGAUAUGGAACUGGUGAUGAGGGAGAGAAAUUUUCUAAUUCUGUUCCCCGCCCUGUUAUGCAUAAUAAUUAUGAAAGUAAUGAUAAUCAUAGCAAUGCCGAAAAUCAUAGAGUCAAGAGGGACGAAAUGCUAAUAAAUAAACAUGACAAAGAUCAGUGCCUCAGUCAAUGUGUUUUUGCCAAUUUACAAAUGGUAGACUCAAAGGGUAUCCCCCGUGAAGCGGAAGUGUGGAGUAAAGUACAAACGUCAGUGACAUCUCAACAGUCACGUGUACUAUUACAGAACCAAAUUCGAGCUUGUUUUCAAGAAUUACAAUCUGAGUCUGAAGAUAAUGAGUGUUCUUAUUCUAACAAACUAGAACGUUGUCUGAUGCUCCGUUUUGCUGACAGGAAAGUAAAUUAGACCCAAAAGAAUUCAUCAGCAACCAACUCAACUUCAAACAGAAACUGAAUUAUUAUGGCAGAGCUGUAACAGUAUAUUAAAUAUAUCCGAACAAACUUGUAUUUCACUGCAUUGAUUUAAUUAAUAUUUCAUAGCCUGUCCGUGAUGUUUUCGAGAAACAUUUAUAAUAUUUGUUUUAAAAGUUUUUAUGAAUCACGAACAACUUGUAGUUUUAAGAUAUUUCUGUGUACCACUAUGUUUUAAUUAUU